AUGUUUCCCAAAUUCGUUCUUCUCAUCUCCCUAUUAUUAGCCAUAGAAGCCCUUGCAAAGACUCGGGGCCCAUCUGAUGGAAUCUUUCAGGGCAUAUCACCACGCGGUGAGAACCAUUCUGCACAAGAUGUCAUCAACCAGCUAGGACUGGCGCCGAGCGCGGAGAAGGGGUAUUAUUUAGAGACUUUUCGCGACCCAGCGCUGUAUGGCAACCGGUCUGUUAGCACCGCAAUCUAUUACCUAUUGGAGGGCGCCGUUGGAAAAUCAUAUUGGCACCAGGUCGACGCGUCUGAAGUCUGGCACUAUUACGCUGGGGCGCCGUUAUCACUUUACUUGUCUCUGGACAACGGUCAGCCAGUGAGGGAAUAUGUUUUGGGUCCAGAUAUCUUUCGCAAUCAAACACCACAGGUGGUGAUUGCUGCGCAUGAAUGGCAGCAGGCGUUAAGUCGCGGGAAGUGGACUCUAGUAGGAACGACAGUGGCUCCUGCGUUCACAGAUUCUGGUUUUGAGUUAGCACCUCCUGGUUGGCAGCCGAACGGUGCCUAA